UUGUUUCUUUCUUCAUUCUGCCUGCAUCUCCUCGCCGGCAUUUUACCCUACACGUUCCUCACUUUGUUUUUAUCAGAUACAUAAUUGGAAAUGAGUGGCGAUCAUUCCCACAACGAUAGCCAGAUUGACUACGGCUCUCGGGCGAAUGUGCUUUCAGAUUGCUCAGAUUCUCACAAACAUAAAGAUAAAUAUAAGGAUAAAGAACACAAACACAAGGACCACAAGAAGGAUAAGGAGCGUGAGAAAUCCAAGUAUGGCAACAGUGACCAUAAGGACUCAGACAAGAAACACAAAGAGGAGAGAGUGAAGCACAAAGAUGGCAGCACAGACAGACACAAGCACAAGGACAAAGAAAAGAGGAAGGAGGAGAAAGUAAGGGUUCUUGAUGGCAAACCAAAGAAGGAGAAGGAGAAUGGCUUUGCCAGCCCUCCUCGCAUUAAAUCUGAGCCUGACAGUGAUGGCUUCUACCAGUCUCCCAAACAUGAAAAGUCUUUGAAGAGAGUGCGGGAUGAUGACAAGUUGUCUCUUUUCAGUUCUGAGUUCAAGCCCAAGAAGGUAAAGACUGAAAAUGACAGGAUGGACAAAAAAGUAAAAAAGAAGAACCAAGAGGAUGAGGAUAUCAAGCCUAAAAAGACAAAAAACAAGAAAGGGGAAGGCGCUAAUGGUAAAAAGAAAGCAAAGAAGGAGCCAGAAGAGAAGUGGAAAUGGUGGGAGGAAGAGAGAUCCACAGAUGGCUCCAAGUGGAGGUUUUUGGAACACAAAGGUCCAGUGUUUGCUGCUGCAUACGAACCUCUUCCCAGCAAAGUGAAAUUUUACUAUGAUGGAAAACACAUGAAACUUAAGCCAGAGGCAGAGGAGGUAGCUACAUUCUUUGCCAAGAUGCUGGAUCAUGAGUAUACCACCAAGGAUAUCUUCAGGAAAAACUUCUUCAAAGACUGGAGAAAGGAAAUGACCUCAGAGGAGAAGUCCAAGAUCACAGACCUGAACAAGUGUGAGUUCAAUGAAAUGGCUGACUACUUCAAGGCUCAAUCUGAAGCCAGGAAGCAGAUGUCAAAAGAAGAGAAACUAAAAAUCAAAGAGGAAAAUGAGCGCCUCCUCCAAGAGUAUGGCUUCUGCAUCAUGGACAACCACAAGGAGAGGAUAGCUAACUUCCGCAUCGAGCCCCCAGGUCUGUUCCGUGGCCGAGGUGACCACCCCAAGAUGGGCAUGCUGAAGCGCAGGAUCCGACCUCAGGACAUAAUCAUUAACUGUAGCAAGGACUCCAAUCAUCCCAAACCUCCCCCAGGCACCAAAUGGAAGGAACUGCGUCAUGAUAACAAGGUUACCUGGCUGGUUUCGUGGACAGAGAAUAUCCAGGGGUCCAUCAAGUACAUCAUGCUGAACCCCAGUUCCAGAAUCAAGGGAGAGAAAGACUGGCAGAAAUAUGAAACAGCCCGUCGGCUGAAGAAAUGUGUGGAACGGUUGCGGGCCCAGUACCGUGAGGACUGGAAGUCCAAGGAGAUGAGGAUUCGACAGAGAGCUGUGGCCCUCUACUUCAUUGACAAGCUGGCUUUGAGAGCUGGUAACGAGAAGGAGGAAGGAGAGACUGCAGACACGGUGGGCUGCUGCUCCCUCAGGGUAGAGCACAUCGUGCUGUCCCCUGAGAAGGACGGACAGGAGUUUGUUGUGGAGUUUGACUUCCUAGGAAAAGACUCCAUCCGCUACUACAACAAGGUCCCUGUGGAGAAAAGGGUUUUCAAAAACCUCCAGCUUUUCAUGGAGGGCAAGCAACCAGAAGAUGAUCUCUUUGACCGCCUUAAUACCACAAUUCUGAACAAGCACCUUCAGGAAUUGAUGGAUGGACUGACGGCCAAGGUGUUCCGUACCUACAAUGCGUCAAUCACUCUGCAGCAGCAGCUGAAGGAGCUCACGAGCCCUGAUGAGAACGUUCCUGCCAAGAUCCUGUCCUAUAACAGGGCCAACAGAGCUGUGGCCAUCCUUUGUAAUCAUCAGAGGGCACCACCCAAGACCUUUGAGAAGUCAAUGCAGAACCUUCAGACUAAAAUUGAUGCCAAGAAGGACCAGCUGUCUGACGCCAAGAGGGAACUGAAGAGCGCCAAGGCCGAUGCCAAAGUACGGAGAGACGAGAAGUCCAAAAAAUCUGUAGAGACCAAGAAAAAGGCAGUGGAGAGGAUAGAGGAACAGCUGAUGAAGCUGGAGGUGCAAGCGACGGAUCGUGAGGAGAACAAGCAGAUUGCCCUGGGUACCUCCAAACUCAACUAUCUGGACCCACGGAUCUCUGUAGCCUGGUGUAAGAAGUGGGACAUCCCAAUUGAGAAGAUUUACAACAAAACACAGCGUGAGAAGUUUGCCUGGGCUAUCGAUAUGGCAGAUGAUGACUAUGAAUUUUAAAUCCAGAAGCUGUUUAUUUGGUUUCAUUGGAUACCCAUUUUUAGUUUAACAGAUUUUACCUGAUGGCCAGCCUGAUGAGCUGUAGUGAGGAGUGUGAGCUCAAAAAGUGUGGCUGUAUAGAUGAGUUGAAUGCCAGAGGAUGAUAGUCAGAAUGUUCAGGCCAUCACAAAUGACCUAAGGGGAGGGGGGGGGGGGGGGGUCUGGGCUUAGUCUUAGGAUCAGAUCUGAAAUCAGGUCAGUGAUCUAUACCCACAUAGGAAGGUCAAGCAGUGCUCCAAAUGAUGACCGACCAGUGGAUGAUUUUUACCUUUUGGCUCUGCCCCUUCAGACGCAAGAUGUCUGAACUUUGAACUUUGUGGUCCUAUAGCAACUGUAUUCAACAGCAAAAAAAUGCUUUGUGUAUCAUUUGUUCACUUGAUCUGUAUUUUAUCCUCCCAUAUUAAUGAAUUCUAUAUUUUGAUAGAAGAAAAAAAAGUAAAAUCAAUAAAUUCCUUAAGUACACCCACGCGCCUUUUGAGGACAAGAAAUGUGAGUUUGAGUUGUGGGGAAAAACCAUGCAAGCUGUGUUUUUGGGUGAGUGUUUUAAACUGGACUAUCGAAUUGUAACAUGAGGAUGCUUGGACUGGCAUAGGGAAAUAACUUAAACUUCGUCAAUAGCCUAAGCAAGCAGAAUGUGAAUUUCUUGAAUUUUCUCUUUUUGUUACAGCUUUCAUCAGGGACUUCAGUGUAAAUGUGAACCAAUCAUGAUUUGUUUCCCUUGCAUUGCCAGCAUCCUCUAAAUCCUUCUACAUAGCAUUGUGUCCAUCUGGUUUUAACUUAAUUAUUUCAAAUGAUUGCUUCAUGAGGAAAAAAAAUGCCCUUAUCUGUUACUUGAAGAAAAUGCUUUAAAAAAAUGUAUUUUAAGUUGGAUAAUGGAAAAUGUUUUUCUUUCAGAAGGUUGUGAGGGAUAUGAACUUUGCCAAAAAAAUAACAAUCUGUUACAAUUUAGGCAGUUAUUUUUAAUUGUGUAAAGACUGAGUAAAAUGAAACAUAACAAGAGUUUUAAUGUGAAUGAUUCAUUAAUUUUAUUCCACUUGUCUAGAAGGGAAGUUGUUCGUAGUGGUAAACUCAACUUCCUGGUCCGUCUCUCCUGUCAUAGCCUCCAAUCAUUUUUGUUUUAGGUUGUAUGCUCAUUGUAGGUUGAAAAUAAUAAAAUCCUACAACUC